UUAUAAUAUUUGUAUUUUCUACCAUUAACCCAUCUUAGUAGGGUUUUUGGAUUAGUUCUGCAGAUUUCUCUAUUUCGCGAGAGAGAAGGAAGGGGAGAGAAAGGCCUGCAGGCUGCAGCUGCACACGCUGCAAAUUUCCUCUAUUUUCUUGAGAGAGAGAGAUAGAGGCAAAAGUCAUGGGUAAGAGAGCGAAGAGUUCAAGGAAGGGAAAGAAAGAAUGGAGGGCUAACAUAAGCACUGAAGAUAUAGAAGAUUUUGAGAAAUCCACUAAAGAUGCUCUUUCCGGUGGUUCUUUGGCCAAUGUGCCCAGUGAUUCUCUUUUCUUCGUCGAUAAAUCCAGAGAUCUUUCUAUUAGGCGGAAGAUUGAGAAAAACAGAGAAAAAGUACUGCGAUGUGAUAGUCUGUUGCAGAGAAACCCUUUUAUUAAAGCUAUUCCCUCCUCUAUACAGAAUAAGAAAAAGUCCAAGAGAAAGGGUAAAGCUUUACCAGCAGUUGAUGAAGCUGUUGCACAGGGCAGCCUGCAGGAUGAAAGUGCACGUGAUUCUGGAGUUCUUGACUUGUGGGAAGAGAAAGGAGAAGUCAAGGCCAAAAUAAAAAAGAAGCCCAAGUCUUGCGUUAUUCCUGCUGUUGAGGUUGAACAUCCUGGAUGUUCAUUCAAUCCUCAUCCUGAGAGCCAUCAGGAUGCCUUAGCUCGUGCUGUUGCAGAUGAAAUGCAGAAAAUUUACCAACAUGAAUUGGGGCCUCAGCCCAUCCCUUUAGUCGUCCCUGGUGAAGCUAUUGAUGAAGAAUAUAAAUAUUUCCUUGAGGCAGAUGCGGAUGAUGGAACUGAUGAUGAUGAUGAUGAACAAAAUGAAAUUCAGGCUGAUGAUGGAGAUGUGGAUACAGAGAAGAGCUCUCAGAAAACCAAGAGGGUGACUCGGGUAGAAUUUAACCGGAGAGCUAGACGAAAGGAGCAGUUGAGAAUUGAAGCAGAAGCGAAAAAAGUGAAGGGACUUUCAAAAGACAUAGACAGUUUACCAGAAAUAAUGCAAGAAAUUGCGAAAGAGGAUGAAGAGAAACAUAAGAGGCAUCUUCGGCGGAUUGUUGCUAAACAAGAAAGAUUGAAAGCUCGUCCAUCUCGCUUGGGGAAGUACAAAUUCGAGCCUUCUCCACUCCAAGUUUUGUUAACUGAAGAGAAAACUGGUUCACUUCGGCAUUUGAAGGGCUGUUGUACGCUAGUCAGAGAUCGUUUCAAAAGCCUGCAGAAAAGAGGACUGAUUAUCCCAUCAAAGAAGGAUAGCAGGAGGUAGAAUGGUUUCUACGUGAAGACAUAGUCGAGAGAUCGAGAAGAAAGUGAAGCUGCUUUAGAACCAAAUAGAUUUAUAUACCCCUUCGUCACACUAAAGAUAUUCCUUUUAUUUGUUUUAAUGUUUGGUUAUUUUAUCGUAGAACAUCAAAGUUCAAAAAUAGAGGGAUAAUAUUAUCCA